CAGCUGUGGUAAUGCUUACAUGGAGGUUGGGCUUGGGCAGUAGUGCCCUCCCAGAUUCUCCCUUCAGGCUUCUUGGGGUAAGGGACAUGCAGCCAGAGGGCCUUAGCUUGGCCUGAUCCUGCUGUCGGGGACCCUGUCCCCAGUAACCAUAAAGAUGGCCGGUGUGUGGAGCCUUUCUCUGCCCAGCUGCCUCCUGUCCCUGCUCCUCCUCCUCCAGUUGUCACGCAGCUACGCAGGACAGUUCAGAGUGAUAGGGCCAGGGCAUCCCAUCCGGGCUUUAGUUGGGGAUGAAGCAGAACUGCCGUGCCGUAUAUCUCCUGGGAAGAAUGCCACGGGCAUGGAGGUGGGGUGGUACCGUUCUCCCUUUUCAAGAGUGGUUCAUCUGUACCGAAAUGGCAAGGACCAAGACGCAGAGCAAGCGCCUGAAUACCGGGGACGCACAGAGCUUCUGAAAGAGUCUAUUGGCGAGGGAAAGGUUGCCCUCAGGAUCCAGAACGUGAGGUUCUCGGAUGAAGGAGGCUACACAUGCUUCUUCAGAGACCACUCCUACCAAGAAGAAGCCGCCCUGGAGUUGAAAGUAGAAGAUCCCUUCUACUGGAUCAACCCUGGUGUGCUGGCUCUCAUUGCCCUUGUGCCUAUGCUCCUCCUGCAGGUCUCUGUAGGCCUUGUAUUCCUCUUCCUGCAGCACAGACUGAGAGGAAAACUCCGUGCAGAAGUCGAGAAUCUCCAUCGGACUUUUGAUCCUCACUUCCUGAGAGUGCCCUGCUGGAAGAUAACACUGUUUGUUAUUGUGCCUGUUCUUGGACCCCUGGUUGCUUUGAUCAUCUGCUACAACUGGCUGCACCGAAGACUGGCAGGACAGUUUCUUGAAGAGCUAAGAAACCCCUUUUGAGUGAUGGUGCGUCUUCCUGGAGCGAAGGAAAGCCUGGCAGGUCCUCGGGGAUGUCUCUCACUGGCCUCUCUGUUAUGGACACAUUCCAAUCUACAUCUACAGAAACACUCGGGAUCUGAGUAGAACUUGAUUUUCCUCCCACAACUGUCUUUCUUUCCUCAGCUCCUUCCUCUAAAUCUUUUUUGACUCCUGUCUUAGUCUGCCUCUAGAAAACACCCCAUGACUAAGGCCAGGGAGUCUAUCAGGAGACACCUAUGUACCGGAGUAAUACAGGAGUGAUUCUGCCAACCAGGAUACCCAGCGCUUCAAACACCAUUACGAUCUACAGAACAUCAGCUCUGCAAAUGGUGGAUAUUUCUUCCAGAGCCACAGUCUUGACUGGGAAGAAUAUCAGUGGGGAGAGUAAGGGGGUGAGGGACAGAAGAACCCACAACAUGAGGGAAAGCUAAAUGAGCCAGGGUAUGAAUAUGGGAGCCUGAACCAAAACCUGGAGAUUAAAAAAAAAAGUCAAAAGAAUACUGGAUCAGAGCAACACCAUCUUGCUUUGGCAGCCUGGUGGGAGGACCUUGAGAAGCAAGAGUCGAGAACUGGGUCUGUUCCCCUACGUUCCACAUCUUCCUGUUCUCUCAUUUUUCUCCUAUCUUAUUUGAGUACCCACUGUUUGGUUUUUUUUUUUUUUUUUUUUUGUUUGUUUUUUCAACAAUUACUACUUGGUGGUGUAUCAGACACAAACAAGCUAGGUGCUAAUUAAUAAUAAUACAAGUUUCUUUGUGCACACUU